CACUGUUAAAAAGAGCGGCAAAACCCUUCUCUCUCUCUCUCCUCGCUCGCGUUAAUUCGCCAUGAGCGACUCCCGCGAAGGAUCUCCCGAUUGGCUACGAGCAUUCCAGGCACCUAAUAGGGAUGUUGUGACACUAUCUUCUGGUUCUGAUUCUUCUCCCAGAAAUAGCCCGUCGAGGCCUACUACUACGCAUGACAAAGCACCAAAGAGACAUCCGGAGAAUGAUGACUCAAUAGUUAUUGAAAGUGGAGAAGAUAGUCAAGUUAAGGCUAAAAAGGCAAAAAAUGUAAAAGUCGAGAACUGUCCUAUUCUAGUAGAAGAUACCUUGGAUACACAAGAGGACGGACCUGCUGAAGUGGAUAUUAAAGAAAAAUCUAGUGAUCCUCCUGUUUCUCAGAGGUUGCCAUUGAUCUUCCCUGACAAAGUUCAACGUUCAAAGGCCCUUGUUGAAUGUGAUGGAGACUCUAUAGACUUGAGCGGAGAUAUUGGAGCUGUUGGACGAAUUGUAAUUUCAGAUGGUCCUGCAGGGAACCAAGAAUUGCUAUUAGACCUAAAAGGCACAAUAUAUAAAUCAACUAUAGUUCCUUCACGAACAUUUUGUGUAGUUAGCGUGGGACAAUCAGAUGCAAAGAUAGAAGCUAUCAUGAAUGAUUUCAUUCAAUUGGAGCCCCAAUCUAAUGUGUUUGAAGCUGAGACAAUGAUUGAAGGUACACUUGAGGGAUUUUCAUUUGAUUCGGAUGAGGAGGCUGACAAAGUGCCAAAGUCGUCUGGCCUUCAAAACGAUCAAAACAAUGAAAAUGGAGAUCAACCCAAUAACACGAAGACCAAAAGGAAAGCUGAUAAAUCAUCGGGUCCGGUGCAUAAGAAGGCAAAAAAAGUGGAAAGACCAUCAACUAAAAAAGCAGUAAAGAAACAUCAAGCUGUGAAGAGAACAAAGAAGUCGAAGAAAUGAGACUUUCACAUGGUUUUUAAUCAUGCAUCUUAUUUCGAUCAUUAGAGGAAAACAUUCGGUUCGGUUUCUUUCUACCAUUUAUUCUUCGACGGUCCGCAAUUAUUGCUAGUGUAUUACACCGUGUAUCGUAUCUGUAUCAUAUCUUUCUUUUCACUGAAUUAUAUAUUCUAGUAGUAUUACAUUGUUUAUAUAUCAUCUUGACAAUCAGUGACUCAGAAUCUUUGAUAUUUAGUCAUCUUGACAAUCAAUGACUCAUAAUCUUUGAUAUUUAGUCAAAAAGCAUUAGUUGCUUCCGC